GUCCACAGGUUAUGUCCAUGCAGGUGAAAAUAUAGUGUUUCUGAAUUGUCUGCCUGUGUGUGUGUGUGUGGGUGUGGGACCAUGCCGGGCUCUGAGAACAGCUUGUUGGUUCGACGUGGCCUCACCUUUGCUACAGGUUUGGUGGAGUGUCUGUGUUUUGCUGGAGCUGUGUUUGGAUGGGCUUCGCUUGUUUUUGUCCUCAAGACGGAGGGCUAUUUCAGCUCUCGGUGCGUCAACACCACAGGAGUCAAUGCAACACACAUCUUAGAUUGCAGCGGACAGGAUGAACAGUUCUCGCUUGUCUUCACCAUCGCCUCCUUCAUGAACAAUUUCCUGACGCUUCCCAAUGGUUUCAUUUUUGACCGGUUUGGCACUACAGUGGCUCGUCUCCUUGGAAUAUUUCUCUACACCAUGGCCACCUUGAUGGUGGCCUUCUCGACUUCAGCUCUGUCCAACCUGCUCUUCCCAGCUCUCUCCUUCCUGGCAGCUGGAGGCAUCUUGUUUCUAAUCACCAACAUGCAGGUAGGAAACCUGUUCGGCUCACAUCGCUCCACCAUCAUCACUCUUUAUAACGGGGCCUUCGACUCUUCCUCAGCACUCUUCCUCGUGAUCAAGUUGUUACACGAGUCUGGUGUCUCUCUCCAGGCCUCCUUCCUCUUUCUGUCCUGCUGCAGCGUCAUUCACCUGCUCAGGACUUUCUUCUUGAUGCCUAGAAACUUCAUCCCCUACCCGCUGCCUGAUCACUACACAUAUGGGUUAACCUGUGGUAAAACAAAGACCCUGAGCUCCAAGGCGGCAGCGACUUGUAACACACAGGCGACUUCAGAGGAAACACCUAUCAACAAGGACGAGCCUGUGAAACAAGAGAAGAGUUUCCGGGAGUGUUUUCUGUCCAGGUUCUUUGUGUGGCACCUGCUCUGGUUGUCGGUGAUGCAGCUCAGACAUUACCUGUUUAUUGGCACCCUCAACCCCAUGCUGCAAAGGCUGACAGCGGGAGAGCCCUCGCUGGUGAGCCGGUACAUCAAUGCCUUUGCUAUCACCCAGCUGUGUGGGGUGCUGUGUGCCCCUUGGAACGGCCUCAUCAUGGACAGACACAAGGGCAAACCCCGUGCUGCAGGAGUGAGCGAACAGGAGGCAGACCUGCAGGCCUCUGUGCUUUCUCUCUUCCUGACGGCGCUGCAGUGUAUUCUGUUCUCAGUUUGCGCCUCCACCCCGUAUCUGCCGCUUCAGUACCUCACCUUCAUCCUGCAGGUGCUCAACCGCUCCUUCCUCUAUGGCGGCAACGCAGCCUUCAUCAGUGUGGCUUUCCCUUCCUGUCACUUUGGGAAGCUGUAUGGUCUGGUCAUGGCUCUGUCUGCACUGUUUUCGGUGCUGCAGUAUCCCUGCUUUGCUCUGGUGAAAGGAGCUCUGGGUGGAGACCCUUUAUAUGUGAACAUUGGUCUGACGCUGCUCAGCACGCUCGCCUUCAUCCAUCCCCUCUCUGUCUACCUGCACUGCCGUAGUCUUGCCUCCCAGCGGGCCAAGAGCAAGGCUGUCGCUUCUUCCUCUUAAUGUCUUUAAAAUGAGACCAAUGGCUCACACUUAAAACUUUCCUGUUACCUCAUCAUAGUGUGUGUGUGUGUGUGUGUGUGUGUGUGUGUGUGUGCGUGGCUGUGGCUGUGUUGCCACAUGUAUCUCGUUUGGAACCUAACAUCAAGUGCUUGUAAAUUCAUUUCAGAUAGUAGUAAAGUUUAAUUUUGGGUACAGUCAUAGUGCAUUCACCAGACUCUGUAGACAUUUUCACAGCAGAAUUGAACGUAUCCAUAUCCAUUGACCUCUAAUUCUUGUCAGAUUUCCAGGAUACGUCGUUUUACUUUCAUUGCGUGAUCUGGUGCAUAAUUCGGAUCUUUUUACACUCUUUUACAAUAUUAGAGUUGCAGCUGAGCUCUUCCCUGAAGCAUCUCAGCAUUAAGUUACAAUCAAACAUGCUGCUGUUUUGUUUUGUUUUUGUUUUUUUGCUGUUUUUUUUAAAUGCUUCAUGCUGGCUGCUUUCAUUCUAGUUUUCCAAAACUUUGACAUGUCUUAUGUUUCUUUUUUUAUGCAAGCUUAUAAUGCACUAUUUUUAUAUUCUGUGUAAUGCUAGCCAUAUAUCACACCAUAGUUUGGUGGCUUUAGAGGGCCAAAAGAUAGCUCACUUUAUUGUAAAAAGCUAAAAAUGUUACAGACAAUGUUUAUAUCAGUGUAGACCUCUUCAAGUUAUCUCUAUCGAUAUAUAUUUUUUAUCUCAAAAACAGAGUAAAGUACCAACAAUGAUGAGUGUGGUGUAUAAGGGACAUUUGGGAGCCCAAAUCACAAACAACAGUCUUUGACGUGCACCUUGUUAAAAGAUAACUCAGGCUCAUCUCUGGAAAUGAAAACUAGUCAGUGAAGCCUCCUCUGUCGGGACAAGCGUCCAGUUUGCUCACUAAUGGGUGUGACUGGCAGUGAUCGGGGAGUUCACUCGGGUUCAUCGGUGCAGUUGGGUGUCACCGCCCUGUGAGGAGAGGGGAGAGGCAACGCAGCUCUGCCCUCUGCUGGACUCUCAGUGGAGCUGGUAGACACUCACAUAACUAUAGUUCAACAUCAUUUUCUGUUUCUGUCGUUUUGUUUCCAACAUAUGAAGUCUCAGGGGUUCAGCAUGUUCGUGUUGCUCAGUAGCAAAAAUUUGUCAUGAAAAAUCUUGUUUUUUCAGUGAAACGUGCCAUAACUAAUGCUUACAUGUAAAGGAUUUUAAAGGGAUGUAUGUCAUAUAUAGUAUAAGCUUCCUUUUUUUUUAAUUUUUUUUUUUUACCAGUGUUUAUGUUGUAGACCAUCUGUGUAUUUUUCUGAAGUGCCAAGUGGGGGCUAAACAUUGUUGAAAUGCAACAUAAAUACGCAAACUCUUCAUUGUUCUGCACCAAGUGAAUUGUACCUUUUGAUAAAUUAAACCCCACCAA